AGUCUAUUCAUCAGGCUUUAUUUACAUCAAGAGCUUGAACAAGAACUGAGAAUUCGCAACAGGAGGAAAAGAGAUGCAGCCGACGUCGUCGUCGUCGUCGUCGUCUCCAAAUCUGGCCGCUUCUUCUCCUCCUCCGCCGCCGCCGCCGCCGCAGCAGCAUCUCUUCUCCGGUUUUCCCAAGGAAUCCCGCAACCUCUACUGGAUCCUCCUCACCUCCCUCGUGUCCCUCUUUCUCAUCCUCUCCUUCUCCUACCCCUCUUCUUCCCCCUCUGCCUCCUCGUCCACUCCCCACGUCCGAUCUGCCGCCGCCGAAGCCGCCGCCCUCCUGUCCUCCUCCUCCCCGCCGCCUCCCUCUAUCGCCUACUUCCUCGCCGGCUCCGCCGGGGACAACGACCGCCUCCUGCGCCUCCUCCACGCCGUCUACCAUCCUAGAAACCUCUACCUCCUACUCGACGGCGCCGCUCCACAGGACCAGCGCGAACGCCUCGCCCUAGCCGUCCGGGAGGUCCCGGCCUUCCGAUCCGCACGGAAUGUUCACGUCGUGGGGAAGCCGGAUUUCGCCAACCCUCAUGGAAGCUCUUCCCUGGCCGCCACCAUCCAUGGCGCCGCGAUUUUGCUUCGGGUUGGAGCGGACUGGGACUGGUUCGUCAAUCUCGACGCGUCGGAGUACCCUCUUGUGACGCAGGAUGAUCUCCUUCAUGUAUUUUCUUUCCUACCAAAGGAUCUCAACUUUGUUCAACACUCCAGUUAUAUUGGUUGGAGAGAGUCACGGCAACUGAGACCUAUCAUUGUUGACCCUGGUCUAUACCUCUCGUCCAGGACUGAUAUCUUCUAUGCUACUCAGAAGCGCGAGUUUCCAAAUGCUUAUAAGUUGUUCGUAGGUUCUUCUUCUGUUAUUCUGAGUAGGAAGUUUUUAGAGCACUGCAUCUUGGGUACUGACAAUUUACCAAGAACUAUUCUGAUGUAUUAUGCAAAUACACCUUCACCGCAAACAAACUAUUUCCAAACUGUUCUGUGCAACUCGCCUGCAUUUAACAGAACUAUUGUUAAUCACCACCUGCACUACUCGGAACAGGAUGCAUCCCCAAAGAAGAAACUCCGCCUUUUGACUUUGGAUGACCUAAAAAACAUGACUAUCAGUGGUGUAGCCUUUGGUGCAAGGUUCUCUAAGGAUGAUCCUGUGCUAGAUCACAUUGACAAGGAAAUUUUGAGUAGAGAUCCUGGUAGGAUAGUUCCUGGAGGCUGGUGUUUAGGUGGCAGCCAUGGCGAUCCAUGCGCUGUGUGGGGUAGACCUGACGUUCUUACUCCAGGACCUGGAGCAACGAGGCUUGCAAAAUCUAUUGCAGAUAUGCUCUCGGAUGAGAGAUUUCAUUCACAGCAAUGUAUAUGGGACUGACGCUUGUAUGAGGUACUUCAGCUGCCACAAGAUUGUUGCAUAUCAUCACCCUACCUAUUGUUGUCUUGUCUUGUCUUGAGAUCAAUUUUGUACCAUGGAUACCACAAUUUUCUUAUGCAUGCAUCUUGUGAUCUUUUGCCUUGUGAAUGGCACUGUAAUUCCUUUUUCCAACUUAGAAAUUCUGAGUAGAUGAAUUUGAUUUCGUCUCUCAAAUAUACGGAACUUGGUUGUGCAAGGUGAACCAUGUGAUCUGGGGAUAUUCCAUUACAACAAUUGAAUAGAAAUUUGAUGACCUAUGUAAUA